AUGGUGACGGGGCUCAAGAUCGCCACAGGCUUCUCCUCAUCAUCGACUCGGGAGAUGCAGAGCAAUCCCAAGCUGAAAAUCGGCGUCGACGCCACCCCCGCAGGCAUGUUCGUGCAGGGCGGCCCGAAGCUCGAUGUCACAGUGGCAGGGAAGGGGACCUUAGGCCUCGGCAGGUCGGCUAACAAGAUCAUCUUCGCCUAUCGCGUCAUCCGCAUCAAGAUGAAGUGGGAUGGCGAGGCCCAGUACAAGUCCAGGCCCGGCGGGAAGUAUGGAAUGAACGACAGCGACGAGAAUAGCGAUGACGACGAAUGGGGCAGUAGGAAGAAGGACUUGUGGGACCUAGAGCUAUUGGAUAACAAGGACAUUGCGAAGGAGUUCCCGAGCGCCGUGAAAAUAGAUAUAGAGGAGAACGAGGCCGAGGAUAGGCCUGCUGCGAUGUUCCGCGCCUUCAGCUACUUUCUCGAUCGAGAAACAUUAUGCAGUUCCCCGGUUUCUACGAGCUACCACUUGAAUAUUUACAUGGGGUUCAUACCACGUAAAGACAACCAACAACAGGACCGCAAGCCGGGCAAGGACUGCAAGGUCAGUAGUACGGGGCAUGACGACGACGUGCUCGUGCUCGAGACGUUUCCCCUCACGUUCAUUCGCGAAGCCGCCAGCAAGUUGGGGUCGUCCUUCUACUCGGCCCUGACGGACAUCAACGCCUACCGCAUGGAGAAGUUUGACACCUUGACCGGGUUCGGCGACUAUCAAGUCGGCAGCAUGAUGCCCUUCGCCAAGAACCACGGGUGGGUUUCCUCGGUGUAUGUGGCCGCUCCAGUGUCCCAGCUGAGGAGGACGGACCACGAGGCAGUGGCCGGCUGGGUGAUUCAGGAAAACGCUGGCGUGCGAAUUCGUUAUGCCGGCAUCCUGGCUUCGUCCGAGGACCCUCUGAAGAACGAGGAGGAUCCCAUCAACGCUCUCGUCACGACCAUAGGCAGAGAGAGGGAGGAGGGAAUUUGA